CUCUUCCUUCCCCAUCCUCUGUAAAAUAUUUUCCUCCGUCUCUCGCACCUCUGACCCUUGAGAAGUAAGAUCUUGGCCGGCUCAGAGACACUCUUCCGUGCCCAUUGAACAGAUCGGAAUUGAAGUUCCGGUUAAUCUGAACUAUCGCGGAAGGUAAACAGAUUUGCAGAAUUCCUUUGAAUGCAUCUGUUUUCCGCCCCAAAACCCUAGAAUUCUCUCCAUCGAUCUCUCUUCUGUUGAAUCGGGAAAAGCAUUAACAGAUUGAGCAAAGCUGGAGCAACUCAAAUCAAUCGGGCGGGAGCUCGCCAUGGGCUCCCAAGGUGGGAUCGGCCAGUCGAAGGAGUUCCUCGAUCUGGUCAAGUCAAUCGGUGAAGCCCGAUCCAAGGCGGAGGAGGACCGUAUAGUCCUCGGCGAGAUCGAAACCCUCAAGCGGCGGCUCGUGGAGCCUGGAAUCCCCAAGCGCAAGAUGAAGGAAUACAUUAUCCGGUUGGUCUACAUUGAGAUGCUCGGCCACGACGCUUCUUUUGGGUACAUCCACGCCGUGAAGAUGACUCACGACGAUAGUUUGUUCCUCAAGCGAACCGGGUACCUAGCGGUCACUCUCUUUCUCAAUGAAGAUCACGAUUUGAUCAUCCUGAUCGUGAACACCAUUCAGAAAGACUUGAAAUCUGAUAACUUUCUGAUCGUGUGCGCUGCAUUGAAUGCGGUCUGUAAGUUGAUCAACGAGGAAACCAUCCCUGCAGUUUUGCCGCAGGUGGUGGAGCUGUUGGGCCAUCAGAAGGAGGCUGUGAGAAAGAAGGCUAUCAUGGCUCUCCAUCGCUUCCACCAGAAGUCUCCUUCAUCUGUUUCCCAUCUCGUCUCCAACUUCCGCAAGAGGCUAUGCGAUAAUGAUCCUGGUGUCAUGGGUGCGACACUUUGCCCGCUUCUGGAUCUUAUAAAUAGAGAUGUUAGCUCGUUCAAGGAUUUGGUGGUCAGCUUUGUCAGCAUACUUAAACAAGUAGCUGAACACAGAUUGCCGAAGACCUACGAUUAUCAUCAGCUCCCAGCUCCAUUCAUACAGAUAAGGUUGCUAAAAAUUCUGGCACUGCUUGGAAGUGGUGACAAGCAAGCAAGUGAGCAAAUGUACAUGGUUGUUGGUGACAUAUUCAGGAAGUGCGAUUCUUCAAGCAACAUAGGAAAUGCUGUCCUUUAUCAAUGUGUUUGCUGUGUAUCUUCAAUACAUCCUAAUCCUAAGUUGCUUGAAUCCGCUGCUGACGUAAUAGCAAGAUUCUUAAAGAGUGACAGCCAUAAUCUGAAGUAUUUGGGUAUAGAUGCACUUGGGCGAUUGAUAAAAUUGAGUCCAGAGAUAGCAGAACAACACCAGCUUGCUGUGAUAGAUUGCUUAGAGGACCCAGAUGAUACCCUAAAGCGGAAAACCUUUGAGCUGCUGCACAAGAUGACAAAGUCCUCCAAUGUGGAAGUCAUUGUUGACCGCAUGAUUGAUUACAUGAUCAGCAUAAAUGACAAUCAUUACAAGACCGACAUAGUAUCUCGAUGUGUUGAACUCGCAGAGCAAUUUGCACCUAGCAACCAGUGGUUUAUUCAGACCAUGAACAGAGUCUUUGAGCAUGCUGGAGAUCUGGUGAACAUCAAGGUUGCCCACAACUUGAUGCACUUAAUUGCAGAGGGAUUUGGGGAAGAUGAUGAUACUGAAUAUACUCACCUGAGAUCAUCCGCUGUGGACUCGUAUUUGCGAAUUAUAGGAGCACCAAAGCUGCCAUCUGUUUUUCUUCAAGUUAUUUGCUGGGUAUUGGGCGAAUAUGGAACAGCCGAUGGAAAGUAUUCUGCAUCAUAUAUUACUGGGAAGUUGUGUGAUGUGGCUGAGGCGUACUCAAACGAUGAAACUGUCAAGGCUUAUGCAGUGACGGCACUUAUGAAGAUAUAUGCUUGUGAGAUGGCUGCUGGGAGAACAGUUGACAUACUACCUGAGUGCCAAACCCUGAUCGAAGAAUUGUCAGCUUCCCACUCAACUGACUUGCAACAGCGUGCAUAUGAACUUCAAGCUGUCAUUGCCUUGGAUGCUCAAACUGUCGAAAACAUCUUGCCAUCAGAUGCAAGUUCUAAAGAGAUUGAGAUUGAUAAGAACCUUCCUUUCCUAAAUGAUCAUGUUGAACGUGCAAUAGAAAAAGGAGCUCAACCGUACAUCCCAGAAAGUGAACGGUCUGGGUUUUCAAGUGCCAGUUACUUGAACAGGCAAGACCUGUAUGAAGUUCCUCCUUCACAUGGCCUUAGGUUUGAGGCCUAUGAGCUUCCAAAGCAGCCCUCUGUGCCCCUUACAACUCCUCCUGUAUCUAUUGGAUCAUCCAAUGAACUCAUUCCAGUUCCUGAACCGACCUACAACAGGGGGACUCAAGCAGCCGUGUCUCUUCCAUCUUCAUCCAAUGCAGGACCUGCAGAGGUCAAGUUACGACUUGAUGGGGUUCAAAAGAGGUGGGGUCGGCCAACUUACUCCUCUUCUUCAGCCUCCACAAGUGCUGCUGCUUCACAAGAUACCGUCAAUGGGGUGACUCCACCGGAUGGAGCAACAACAGUUACUCCUGCUAUUUCUAAAGGACGAGAAACUACUUAUGAACCAACAAGGAAGACACAGCAAGCAGUAGAAAUAUCUCCAGAAAAGCAGAAGCUUGCAGCAUCACUGUUUGGAGGUUCAUCGAAACAAGAAAGGAAGUCGUCUUUAGGCGGCGGCCACAAGACUGCAGCCAAGCCAACUGGUGGCCAUGCAGUUGAGGCGCCGGCUAAGAAGAUGGCUGCUCCUGUUCAGCAGCCACCACCUCCAGAUUUGCUCGACUUGGGCGAAAUGACUGUAGCAACCACGGGUCCAUUGAUUGACCCAUUUAAGCAGUUGGAAGGGCUGCUCGACUCGGUUGAGCUAGCUUCAUCUACCAAAAAUCACGUUGAUGUCAGUGCCGCGAAAGGACCAGAUGCUAUGGCCUUUUACGGGGACUCUGCUACUACUGUCGAGCAAGGGGGGCAUCAUUUCUCGAGCAUUGACGAUGUCGAUAAUCUAAUGUCUGGUUUGUCAUCUGCAACAACAGACGCGUCCUCAGGAGGAGGGAUUCCAACUUCACAACUGACCACCCAAAACAGUAAAGGUCCGAACCUAAAAGACGCCUUGCAGAAGGAUGCAUUGGUAAGGCAGAUGGGUGUGAACCCAUCUAGCCAAAAUCCCAACUUGUUUAAGGAUUUGCUUGGCUGAGAGUUUGAGAUGCUGGUGUAGUCUUCUUCGCUCAAGAUCACUUGGUACAUGCACUACUCAAAUUAUGAACCGAUGACGGGCAAUGAAUUUCGAAGUGCCUACGCAACUCUACCGCAGUGCAGAACAGUGGAGGAACGUGCUGAUAAACGCGAGCUCAAUGCCAUGCCGCGCCAUGGAGAGGGAGUGGCUGGUUGGUUAAAGAUCAGGUACAGGUUUUUAUGUAUUUUGGUGGUGGACAAAGAGAGUAUAGCGAGUUUGUUUUUUCGGUUUGGCUGGUCUAGAAACAGGGAAUUGACUACUAGUAGUGUACAUGAUUGAGGUGGGAUGGAUUCAUUCAUUCCCCACAGUUUUUUUUGGCCUGAAAUCAGUGGCGGAGCAGUGCUCGUUUUGAUAGGGGCAACCUUCUCUCAAUGGAUUCCUGCCUUCUUUUUCUUUCCUUGUAUCAGUAUCACUACCAUAAUCAUAAUGUACGCUUGUCUUCCUCUUUCUCUGUGCUUGACCCAUAUUGACUUUCCUUUUGGGGCUUAAAAUCUUGCGUGGAC